GCUGUCUAUUCCCACAGUCGCACUCCCCUUGUCGGGGGUCUAAAAGGUUCGGAUUCACCGUCGGAGGUGACAUCGGCGGGGAGAUCUGACGCGAGCUGGGCUGUGGCUGCCGUCGAGGGAGUCGUCGAAGCCCGUGCGCUACCUAGAGUCUCUUGUUUUCUUCGUCUUCCGGCCUCUCGUGGCAUUUCUCGUACAGAUCUGAGUUGUGCCGCUGGGAGGUGAGGGCGUCGACGACCAAGAAUGCACGCGGGCACCUCGGCUCGGUGCUCCGACACGGAGGGCUCAGGCGAAGUCGACGAUCCAGACGCGCCAAGGGUUUACCAGGUCUGGAAGGGCAACAACAUAUUUCUUCUAGAAGGGAGGUUUAUUUUUGGACCUGAUGCAAGAUCAUUGUUUCUCACCAUUUUCCUUAUUGUGGCACCUGUCUCCGUGUUUUGUGCCUUUGUUGCAAGAAAACUGAUGGAUGAUUUCUCUCAUAACUUGGGAAUAACAAUAAUGAUAGUGGCUGUUGCUUUCACAUUGUAUGAUUUGUCUCUUUUGCUAAUUACCUCCGGUAGAGAUCCAGGUAUAGUCCCUCGAAAUACACAUCCACCGGAACCUGAAAGUUAUGGUGGGAACAACGAAAUGGGAGGCGUACAAACCCCACAAAUACCUAUUCCUCGAACUAUGGAUGUCAUUGUGAAUGGGAUGACUGUGAAAAGUAAAUACUGUGACACCUGCAUGCUUUAUCGGCCUCCGCGUUGUUCACAUUGCUCGAUCUGCAACAACUGCGUGGAGCGGUUUGAUCAUCACUGCCCAUGGGUGGGGCAAUGCAUAGGGAAUCGUAACUAUCGGUUCUUCUAUAUGUUUGUCUUCACGACAACCUUACUCUGCCUCUACGUCUUUGGUUUUUGCUGGGUCUAUAUAAUAAAAAUAAGAGAUGCUGAUCAGAUAUCGAUUUGGAGAGCCAUGAUCAAAACUCCAGCAUCGAUAAUUUUGAUAAUCUAUACUUUUAUAUCAGUAUGGUUUGUUGGAGGCUUAUCGGGCUUCCAUUUCUAUCUCAUGAGCACCAACCAGACUACUUAUGAGAACUUCAGAUACCGUUAUGAUUUGCGGGCUAAUCCAUAUAACAGAGGAGUGGUGGGGAAUAUUACGGAGGUCUUUUUCACAAGCAUACCACCCUCAAAGAACAAAUUCAGAGUAAAGGCAGCACGACAACAAGGACUCUCGUCACAAUCAGCAGCUCGAGGUUUUCUAAGCCCAAACAUGGGUAGAGGAAUGGGCGACAUCGAAAUGGGUAGGAAGCCCAUAUCAUGGGAGGAAGCUAGAUCAUUUGCACAUCUAGAUGACUUGGAAGGAGCUACAAAUAAUCCAAAGAUGUUGGAUGAGAAGGAUGUUGCACUUGGCCACGACACAUCUCCAAAUUUGAGCAAGGAGAGUUUUCCACCUGAGUCAGCAGAAGGGCGAACCAUUUACCAUCCAAGGCAUUCAAGCAGGGGACGGCGGAGCGGAAGCUGGGAGAUGACACCUGAUGUUCUGGCAUUGGCUGCUGGAUUGGGUGAGCCAACUGCAAGAGAUCGCGGCAGUGGCACCGGUAGUAAUUUCACCGAAAAUAACUAGAUUCGUUGUUGAAAGAAUGGAUGUGGAUUGAUUUAACCAUGGCGCUCUCGUAUUGAGAUGAUGAAUGAAUCAUCUUACUACGAAACAUCGUGCUUUGCCGGUAGGCUUCUGUAAUCACAUUGUGUUUAUUCUUUUCUUGCCGCUACACUUAUCUGUUUUGCUUUGUGAUCCAAAAACAUUGUUUGUGAUGAUUCGACCUAAGAUUUGUCAGUGUAUGUAUUCUGCUCUGGUUUCAGAAAAAGCAUUGUUCUUCCUUCUCGCGAAGAACGAAGAAUCACUUUGCUGA